CAUAACUUUGCCCAAAAAUUGAAAAAGUUAUUAUUUACUUUUUAAAAUAGUAACAUUGCAUAAACGAGUCUAUAAACGUGGGACACUUUUCAAAUUAUGACAAAAUUGAAUUGCUUCUUAGUCUUAAUCAAUUUGCUACAGCUCAUAAGCUUUAAUAUUUUUUUACAGAAUUUUCAUAUAAAAUUAAUAGUUAUGUCUGCCAACGCAUCUCCUCCCAUUCCCUCGUCAAACAAAAACAUUUGUGUUCCUGGUGACCGCCUAUGCCUUGCUGGGAAUCAGUGUCAUGCAGCUGAGGGCACAUAUAUUUUUAAUGGGUAUAUAUAUGCUUCAAGAGUUGGAAGAGUCUCUACCUUUCAGAAAAAUGAACAGACUUUUGUGAAGGUAACAGGCUUAAGUGGGCAUUCAGUUAUUCCUGAAGUUGGCUCUCUGGUGACAGCUCGUGUACUCACCAUCCACAGUCAGAUGAUUAAGGUAGCCAUCCUGGCGGUGGACGACGUGACGCUACACACAGCCUUCAGAGGCAUGGUUCGCAAAGUCAAUGUGCGGGAACACCUUGUUGACAAGGUGGAGAUGUACGAAUGCUUCCGCCCUGACGACAUCAUUUUAGCGCGCAUUCUCUCCCUUGGUGACGCACGCAGCUACGAGAUGAGCACGAGUCUGCCUGAGCUGGGCGUGGUGACUGCCAGGUGCGAGGAAGGCCAUCUCAUGGUGCCAGUGUCCUGGACCAGCAUGAAGUGCCAUUGUAGGACAGAGAACAGAAAAGUUGCUAAGGUUGUGCCACCAAAUACAUAAGUUUUCCGUAA